AUGCGACCCACCGACCGCGACUUCGCGUCCACUCAACGCGUUGAGUUGUCCACUUCAUCAGACUUGACAGGAGUCGUCCUGCUCGUUCCGCCCGACCCGCUUCGGUCAAAUCACCGGCCUACGACCAGUGCAACGAUUCUAUUGUGGAGCAAAAACCAUCUACAGCGGUCUCCGGCUCUCCCAUCCAACCCAGCAAAGCGCGCAAGGUUGUCCGGACCCUAUUCAGAGCCCAAGCAGAGCCAGAAACGAAAAAGGGCCAGCUCUAUUGCGCCGCCUCCAAAGACAGGGUCCCACACUGUUCGAGAUACACCCAGCAAGUCGUGCAAGACAGGCCGGUCCGAUCCAGUACCCGAUCAUGGCCAGAAACGAAAAGCUCAUCUAAAGACGGUGUCCCAAAAUUUGCGGGAUGGGGAAGGUGUAGCCGAGCGCCGGGACCAUCCCGCUGGUGAGAAGGCUGUCACCAACCUCACUGUCUAUCAAGAUGGCAAGUUGUGCAAUCUGAAGCCCGAGGCGCACUGCACAAUUAUCCACCGGGCAGCCCGAUUAAUGCGACAACAUUGGUCAGACGAUCACAGAGACGUCAAGCCUUUAAUACCCAAAUUUAAGCCUGCUGAAGUAUCGAGCAAGACGGUGGAUGAGGGCCUCAUGCGGCAGUAUACUGUGCCAGUGACAUGUCAGAAACUCAGAGGCGCUGUUCCUGGCGAGUCUCGCUACUUUUUGAUCAAAAUACCGGAUGCUGCUCCCGAGUCCAAGCCACGCAGUCGUGAUGUCCAAAAAACUCAAACCACCGCGCACGCUAGUCCACCCUCUUUCUCUCCCAAGCCGACCAAACCAGAGAAGGCUAUCAAGUCGAAUGGUGCAUGUCCGAAGCCUCGGCGAAAAGACUGA